UAAACCACACUUCUAAUGACUUCACUUUGUUUGUUUGCUGAAUAAUUAAUUUACCAAGAGUUGUUAUAACACAAAAAUAUGAGUCCUUAAUUAAAAUAAUAAUUUUUUUAUUUAUUAUGAUGAUAAUAUUAAUAAUUUUUUGCUCAAAACCAAAUUUUCUCAACUUUAAAUCAAUCAACCUUCAAACUUUUUACUGCGCUCCAAUUUUUAACGGCGCAUGAUAUAGGAAUGGAAUGCUCAGCAGCAAACUAAAGGAAAUUAAAAAGAAAAUCAAGAACCCGGCCCUUAAACGCUAUGUCAAGGUUGCUAAUGUCGACAUUGAGAAAAACGACUAGUAAUUUCCUUUUUUUUAUCAAUAAUUUAUUCACAGGGUUGCUCGUUCAGCUCUCAAAAGCGACACGACAGGCUCGCACAAUAAAUGGAAUAAUCAACCCCGUUGGAGCCGCAACAUCGAAAUGCACCCCUCGGCGCGCAUGCCCAGCAAAAUAAUUUUUCCACCCUCUGUCGAUCCAACACGAGGUUGGACUUGGAAAAGAGCGGCCGUUUUUCCACCAGUCUGGCCGGAGGUUCACACGCGAGAUAAUCGAAUGAGGGCGAAUGAUCCAUGUGCGUUUGCGAAUCUUUCGUACAGUUCGACACCCCCUUGAACAGCAGCAGGAUGAGGAGGAAUAUGAAGACGAUGAUGGGCACUACGACCUGCUGACCAAGGCCUUCGAAGAGAGGCGCCUCAGCAGGUCAAGAGUAAGACAGAAAAAGAAGGGCAGAAGUAGGCGCGCGAAAUCAGAGGGAAUGUCCUCUGAAGCGAUUCUUUUGACGUGUCCCUCAUGCCGCGUGACAUCCAGGGUGACCCUGACCUCGCACUCGUGCUGCCCUUACUGUGGCCACGAGUACGAGACUGAAGGUGCAAUUUCCUUUUGGCGAAACUCAUCUGAGCAAAUGCUGCACUUGCCGCAAAUCGAGCAAAGCAGAGGCUCUCAAUUUGGAAAUUUGACAAUCAGCAGACUCGGUGGCUCGGUUCAGGUCACCAGGGUGGGCGCCCUGUUCCUGCGACCACCCUCACCCACCUUGCCACCAAUUGCACAGGGUAAUGACGUGAACGGCGCAGCCUGGCCACCUCAUGACCAAAACGGCAUUACUCCAAGGAGCUACUCACUUCACCAGGCCCCCGAGUCUCCUGAAUCCCCGAUCAACUAUUUUGGAAAAUCAGACGAUCUUUCUUCGUUCUCAAGGGAGCAAUUUUUACAAGAAGUGAGGCGGGCGCACCAAACUUUACACUACCAAAGCAUUCAAAACUUCUACGCACGGAUAUUUUCAUCUCACACCGAACUAUGUGCCCUAAUAUCCGACGACGGUUCAAAUUCAGAAAGUGGGAUAAAAUUAGAAUUGCUGCAUGCAAUCAACGACGCCUUAAGAGGAAUGCCUUCAACCAUUCACAAAACGGUACUCAAGUCAAUUAUCAAUUCGUUACUUGAAGACAGGCCAAGUUUGCGAUCGGAAGACGAGGCCAAAGCCCUUUUCGCCCUUCUGCAGAGUCCUGUAUUUUCCGUCCAGAGGUCCUACACGAUUUUUGCACACGUCCUUCGCAGGGCAGCUACGCUUCCGGCCCCUGAGCGCACUUUACUGCCUCAUUAUUUUAGACUUUUAGGACCAGAGAGGUUGCGAACUGUGAUACGUCAUAUUGCCCAGUUUGUGGCCAUUCGCCAGUUUCCACCUUCGGGAAAGGUUUUGCCGCCCCCUGGCAAGAGCAGGUGGUGGAUCCCAGCCGCAGCAAGAGUCCUUGCCCUUGUCAACGCUGCUAACGAAAGCUGUUCACCGCCGCUGAUCCACUUUUCCGAACUAUACAACAUGGCCCUGGACCACGUUGAUUUGCUGAAAGAGUACUGCUUGUGGCAAAGCACACCCAACAAGUUCAGCUACUGCCAGUUUCCGUUUCUUUUGAGCAUCGCUGCUAAAAGAUACAUUUUGACGAAGGAUUCGGAGCAGCAAAUGAUAUUAAACGCCAGACGCUCCUUGGCAGCUAAAGCGUCAAGAAGACAUCCACCUCAAAUUGACAUUUUCUUCCUGAAUAUAAGAGUUAGGAGAUCUAAUCUAGUUUCAGACUCUCUAAACGAGAUUGCGAGCAAACAGGGUGAACUCAAGAAAAAGUUAAAAGUUAGUUUCAUUGGCGAGCCAGGCCUGGACAUGGGUGGACUGACCAAAGAGUGGUUCCUACUUUUAGUGCGUCAAAUUUUUGAGCCGGAUUAUGGAAUGUUUGUCUACCACCGUCAUUCCCACUCAUACUGGUUUAGUACUGAAGACACGAUGGACAUGAAUGAAGAUCAAUACGCCGUUGGAAAUAUUAGUGAAGAAGAUCUGGCUCAAGCGCCCGGUCUGCGCGAGUACCACUUAAUAGGUGUUCUUAUGGGUUUAGCGGUGUACAACUCGACAAUACUUGAUCUGCAUCUCCCCGCAGUUUGUUAUAGAAAACUACUUUCGCCGCCCAUUCCGCCUCCACCGGGAGACGAGUCUGUACUUUUAGGGGUAGUGCAGCAGCCGACCAUUGAUGACUUGGCAGAGAUUAUGCCUGACGUGGCCAAAGGUAUAAGCGAGCUGCUCGCCUACGAAGGAAAUGUGGAGGAGGAUAUGUGCAUGUCUUUUGAAGUGUCCUUGGAAGAAUAUGGGUCGGUCAGGACGUGGCCCUUGAAGCCGAACGGCGACAAAAUGCACGUGACCAACGAAAACAGGGAGGAGUUUGUGGCCUUGUACUUGGACUGGGUGCUGAAUGCGUCCAUUUACCGGCAAUUCCGAGCUUUCUAUCUUGGCUUUCACAGCGUUUGCGCCUCUAAUGCACUAAUUCUUCUUCGACCUGAGGAGGUGGAGCUGCUUGUUUGCGGCUCUCCGACAGUCGAUUUGGCAGAGUUGAGAAAAGUGACAGAGUAUGAUGGUUAUCGACCUGAUGAUCUGAUAAUAAGUAAUUUGUGGGACGUACUUGAAUCACUCGGUUCAGAUAUGCAAAGAAAAUUUUUACUUUUUGUCACCGGAAGUGAUCGAGUGCCCGUGGGCGGAACGGGAGAGAUGACUUUUAAAGUGACCAAGUCAAGUGGCAACGUUGAGGACCUCCCUGAAGCUCACACUUGCUUCAAUCAGUUGGUGCUACCAGCGUAUCCCAGCAAAGUGAUAUUAAUUAAAAAACUGACAAUUGCUAUAGCAAACGCAGAAGGAUUUGGUUUGGAAUAACGAGUGAUAUUAAUAAAAUUAAUUUGUUUUAAUAUUAUUGCUACUUAUUUAAAUAAAGUUUUGCAAUUAUUGUC